UUUUUAAAUACUUACAAAAUUAAAAUCACUGGAAUUAGAAAUAAAAGGAGCCGAAAAAAAUCGACGCACGAGGAGACAAAAACAAUUAAGGUUAUGUUGACAAUCAGCUGAUGGCGAAUCACGUGAUCCGGUAUAAGUGUAAUCAGAGGUUAUAACGUUAAAGUCUCGAAAACCACACAACUCAAGGACAAUAAACAGUUUUUUUUACAGUUUUUAAACCUUGGUCAAAAGAGAAAGUCUUAAUUAUUUGUUGAAGAAGAGAGAUUUAAUCCAAUAGAUCAGUGUUUAAAUACACAUUUUCAUUUAUUAUAUAGAAGUCAAAGGAAAAUUCAACUGUUGCAACCUAACCAAAAAAAAAAAAAAUGUCUUCCUUAAAUUUACGACAUUUCCUGUUCAAUUAAAAUUUAAACAACCAUCAUCAUGGAACGACGAUCUACAGAGGACAGUCUGAUGUUUAUCAGGCAGUCCUUGAAAUCCGAAGAAAUGGAUCAUUUAGAAGGAACACAUUUUGAUUCUUCUUUUCCUCAUGUGUUCGUUACUCUCGGUGCUUCCGGUGAUUUAGCGAAAAAGAAAAUUUAUCCAACUCUCUGGUGGUUAUUUCGAGAUAAUUUACUGCCAAAAACAACUACAUUUUUCGGUUACGCACGAAGUAAUUUAACAGUACAAGAUUUACGGGAAAAAUGUGAAAAAUACAUGAAAGUAAAACCAGGCGAUGAAGAGAGAUAUGAGGAAUUUUGGAAAUUAAAUCACUACGUUGCUGGUUCUUAUAAUACACGAAGGGAUUUUGAAUUACUUAAUCAGCAACUUGAGAAACACGAAAAAGGACAAAAUGCACACAGAUUAUUUUAUCUCGCUUUGCCACCAAGUGUUUUUGAAUCUGUGACAGUUCACAUUAGAAACACUUGUAUGGGACAAAAAGGAUGGACGAGAAUAAUUAUAGAAAAACCAUUUGGAAAAGAUUUUGUCAGUUCUCAACAGUUAUCCGAUCAUUUGGCGAGUCUUUUCAGGGAAGAUCAAUUAUAUCGAAUUGAUCAUUAUCUUGGAAAAGAAAUGGUACAAAAUUUAAUGACAUUGAGAUUUGGAAAUCGAAUUUUCAGUCCAACUUGGAAUCGAGAUAGUAUUGCGUCGGUGCAAAUUACUUUUAAAGAACCAUUUGGAACACAAGGAAGAGGUGGUUAUUUUGAUGAAUUUGGAAUUAUACGCGAUGUCAUGCAAAAUCAUUUAUUGCAAAUAUUAUCAUUAUUUGCAAUGGAAAAACCGGCUUCAUGUCAUCCGGACGAUAUAAGAAAUGAAAAAGUAAAAGUUUUGAAGUGUAUAAAACCAGUUGAAAUUGACGAUGUUGUUCUUGGUCAAUAUGUCGGCGAUCCAGAAGCUAAGGACGAAGAGGGAAAAUUGGGAUAUUUGGAUGAUUCAACUGUUCCUGCUAAUUCUAAUACUCCAACUUAUGCUCUUGCGGUUUUGAAAAUUUUAAAUGAACGUUGGGACGGUGUUCCCUUUAUUUUGCGAUGCGGUAAAGCGUUAAAUGAACGCAAAGCGGAAAUUCGAGUUCAAUAUCAGGAUGUUCCUGGUGAUAUUUUCGAUGGAAAAGCAAAAAGAAAUGAAUUGGUUAUCAGAGUUCAGCCUGGAGAGGCCAUCUAUAUAAAAAUGAUGACAAAAUCUCCAGGUAUAACUUUUGACAUGGAAGAAACUGAAUUGGACCUCAGUUAUGUUAGCAGAUAUAAGGGUCUAAAACUUCCCGAUGCUUAUGAAAGACUGAUUUUGGAUGUUUUCUGUGGAUCACAAAUGCACUUUGUACGAAGCGAUGAACUUUCGGAGGCUUGGAGAAUUUUCACUCCUCUUCUUCAUCAAAUAGAAAAAAUCCGUCCUACUCCGUAUAAAUAUGGUUCCCGUGGACCGAAAGAAGCCGAUGAAAAGGCGAAAGACAAUAAUUUUAUUUAUUACGGAUCAUAUAAAUGGGUACAUCCCCACAAUCACUGAUUUUUUGAUCCUAAAGUUUUUUAUUUAUUAGAUUUUAUUUAAAUACGAAUCAGAAACAAAAGAACAUAGAAUUAAGAUUUCCUUAGAAAAUUUUUUAGAAAUAAUAGCAAAUUACCCAAUUAUGAGAAAUUGUUUAAAGAAAAUCUUUUUAAAUUAAUAAUUCUCAUUUCUUGAAUUGUUUUUUAUAUACAAUAUUUUUUCUCCAUAUUCGAAAGCAGAUUAAAGGACAAAUCCGAUUUCAUGCUAAAUUAUUUAUAUUUUUUUCAAUAUCGAUUUGUUCUGAAUUUGAUUGAAUUAAUUAAAAUGAUAAAAAAAUAGGAAUUAAAUCGUUUUUAAUAUAGAAAUGAGAGACUGCUAUAAAAUAAUAAAUCAAGACAAAUACAUUCCCAAACGUGCUUUGAAUAGUCCUUUAAAAAAAAAAAUAAAUACUUAUUAACUAAUUGUAUUUUUCUGUCUUCCUUUUUGAAAAGAUGUACAACUUUUGAUAUUUAUGCAAGAUAUUUGUAUAUUCUUCCUUGUGAAAUAAUCCAAUUGAAAUCACAUUGUGUCUUAAAAUAUAUUUACUAUAGGUACUUGUAGGUUACAGAAAAAUUUAUUGUUUUUAAAAAUUAAGAAUAAUUAAAAAAACGUUGUUAUUUUUCUAAUAAUGUUUAUUUAAUAUGUCAAUUUUUUUUUUGCGAAUAUUUAAUAAAAGGUUUGUACGCAUACAGAGAAUACUGGUCUUGAGUGUUUUUUAUUUCUUUCGAUGAAAAAAUACUUGUAGUUACUAUUUAAUUUGCGAUCUAAUACAUUUCAAUUAUAAAAAAAAAAUUCUACGAUAGUUUAUCGUUGAAAAAUAAAUUUUAGAAAUCAUGAAAAUUUUUAAUAUUGAUUUUAUUUUUUAUUUUACUAUGUUAUUUAUACAAGAGACUGCAAUUAUAUUUUCAAUUAAAUUAUAAUUAUUUAUUUACACAUAAUAAAAUAAAAUAAUUUUUCUUGAAAAUUGUUUUUUUUUAAACAGAAACAUUUAAAAACAAUUGAAUUUUUAAAGAUAAAUGGAAGGAACAAUUUUUUGAAAUAUAAAUAAAAAAAUAAGUUUUUUAAGGUAUAAAAAUUGAGAACAUUGAUUUUUCUAUUAACAAUUGUAAAUAAUAAAUAGGCAGUGCUAAAAGUCUCUUAUUUAACUAUAAAAAUAUUUUUUCAUCAAAGAAAAUAUUUUCUCAAUAAAUUUUGUUCAUCAGCUCCUGCUGUUUUUUUUUCUUAUUCAACAAUUGCAUCUGGCAGUUGAGUAGAAAAAAGAAAGGUAAAAAUUAUUUUAUUUUCAUUUAAAUUAAUCACAUUACAUCGCUUCUUUGUUCUUCCUCAGAAUAACUAAUUCUACAGGUUUUCUUUUUUUUUUUUUCUUGUAAUAAUUAUGCUUUUGCACUAAAAGACAAAGCAAAGCUAUUAAAAUUUUCAAAACUUUUUCUUGGUCUAUUAUUGUUUCUACAAAAAGUUUUUGUUUUUACUCUACACAAAAGUAAAAUCAUCAAGACUAUUCUAAAUCACUUUUUUUUUUCCUAUAAUACAAAUUUUCAUUUGACAAAAUUUUAUUUAAUUCACAGAAAAAAGGUUUUAAAAUGUAUAAUUUCUUAAAUAAAAAAUUUUUAAAUGUAAUUUUCCAUAUACAAAAUUUAAAAUAUAAAUAGUUCAAAAAAAUUUGUUUUAAAAAAAGAAAAAAGUAUGGAAAUUCACAUAAAAAAAAUGUAUUGAUAAUUUUCUCGCAAAUAAAAAAAAAAAAUAAUCUUGAUAAUCUCACGCGCACAAUUCAUAAAUAUACACGAUGAUUAAUGUACAAUAAAAAGUGACGUCGUUCGUUUUCGCGUUCCUCUUGUCAUUAUUUUUCUUAAAUUUAUAAAUACGAAAUUAAAAAUUGCUUACAAGUUUCAAUUAAUUAUUUUUUGUUUAGUAAAUGGGAGAAAAUCACAAUUAGAACGUACGACACUCUAAUCAUAAUUCAUCAGGAUUUUUGCUAAUUAAUCUCGAUGAGUAAAUAACGGAUCUUUGGAACGAUUCGCCAUUUUGAACCAAAGAUAUUAUUUCAUUUCUUUUUUUUUUCUCCUAAUUUUUUUUUCUUCUUCUUUAACACUAAAAAACGAUACUUACAAAGGUACAAAGAAUUUCUUUUUUUUUUUUCUUGCUCCAGAAAAAUCGAUUAUAUAAAUAUUACAUGGCUAGUUCCGGUAAAUUGCACAAACUUAAAAAAUACAUUUAUAUGUACGUAAAAUCGGCGAUGCGAAAAAGGAAUAAAUUUCAUCAAAUAUUUACGUUUUGAUGAACGCCGUCCGAUUAGACGUAAAAAUCAUGUUCUUCGAACAUUUUUCUUGUUUUUAUUAACGAAACCUGAUAAAACUUUUAGUUUUCCAUUUUCGUUUCGUUUGUUAUUUUUUUUAGUUUGUUUCGUUUUUUUUUU